AUGGCGACUUCCCCCGCCGGCCGCAUGCUCAGCCGACAGCUGUCGCAGAUGCAAUCCGAUAAGGACAUUCCCGGGAUCAGCUGUGGUCUGCUGGAUAAUAACGUCUUCGAGUGGGAGGUUAUGUUGAUGAUCUCGGACGAUGUCAAGCUUUAUGGAGGUAGGGAUCUUCUUCAAUCUCGGACAAUGAGUCCGGGAUAUUCCAGGCCGACACAGCACAGCCUCUUGGAAUUCCUGAUUCCUGAUUCUAAUUUGCUGUCAUACAUUCUGGCGAAUGAAGUUACUGACCUUUUUUCUCUCUUUGCAGGUGGCUUCUUUCGUGCUCGCCUCUCAUUCCCUACUGAAUACCCACAUAUGCCUCCGAAGAUGAAGUUCGAGUCGCCGCUCUUCCACCCAAAUAUCUACCCGAAUGGUGAUGUUUGCAUUUCUAUCCUCCACCCUCCAGAGGAGGAUAAGUACGGUUAUGAGUCUGCCGCUGAGCGCUGGUCGCCUGUCCAGACCCCCGAGACUAUUCUCUUGUCCGUUAUCUCGAUGCUCUCUAGUCCGAAUGACGAGAGUCCCGCAAACGUCGAGGCCGCUCGCUUGUGGCGCGAGGAUCCGGCGGAAUUCAAGAAGCGCGUCCGUCGCUGUGUCCGAGAGAGCUUGGGCGAGGAUUAA